UUGUCGAGAGAACGAUGUCACGACUGUGGGCGCCUGUGGCUUUUUCUUUGGCUUGCAUCCUUCUUAGCGAUGCCCACAAAUGUCCGAGUACCAACCAGUGUGUUCCCAAGGAAAAUUGUCGACUAGAGGAGCCAAUUUUUGACUUAAGUUCCACCAUCGAUUGCAGUGACUCAGAAGUCUGUUGUGAAAAGUCAAAUGUGAUUGGCAUAACCCAAAGACCAAUGACCUUAUCACCUGGUACCCUUUGUGGCAUGAGUAAUCCCAGUGGUCUAGAUGAAAGCCGACAAGUGCAUGGAGACCAGGCCAGACCGGGUCAAUUUCCCUGGGUGAUGGCAUUGCUCCACAAGGGUCAGUACUUCGGUGGCGGUUCUCUGAUUACUCCAGGACUUGUACUAACAGCAGCCCACAUUCUGGUACGCAAGUCCCGAGUUCACAUUAAAGUCAGAGCUGGCGAAUGGGACUUGUCCACCACUGCAGAGAUUCCUCCUCCCGAGGAUCGCCAAGUGACCAAGAUUAUUUCGCACAAGGCGUUUAAUUACAGCAGCGGAGCCAACAACAUGGCGCUACUCUUUUUGGACUCACCCUUCGAGCUGAAAUCCCACAUCCAGAUUAUAUGCCUACCAAUUUCCGGCGAGACUUUUGAGGGAAGGCGCUGCACAGUUGCCGGUUGGGGAAAGAGAUCAUUUUCCGAUGCCAAAUUAGAAACCAUACAACAGAAAGUCGAGGUGCCCAUAAUCGAUGGUCUAAAGUGCCAGGAUCAGUUGAGGCAAACGAGGAUGGGCACGAACUAUCAGAUGCCAGACAGCUUGAUUUGCGCUGGCGGGGAGCAGGGCAGGGAUUCCUGCUCUCGAUUCGGAGGAUCUGCCCUUUUUUGCUCCCUCACAGAUGAUCCAAAUCGCUUCGAACAGGCUGGCAUCGUCAACUGGGGCAUCGAGUGUGGUCAGGAAAAUGUCCCGGCCACCUACACUCAUGUUUCCAAAUUCAAAGAGUGGAUUAAUCCGCAUUUGGAGCAAGUCUUCAGCGUCCCAGGAGAUCUAGUUUCUUCUAUAAGCAGUCUUCUUUGA